AUGAUUCCGAACAAACCAAGCGAGGUGCCUGGCUCCAAUGUCAGUACUGUGUUCAAACGCACAGAGGUAAUCGGGCGAGGAAAGUUUGGGAUUGUAUACAAAGGCUACCAUGUAAAGACAAAGCAGGUGUAUGCGAUUAAAGUACUGAAUUUGGACUCAGCUGAAGAUGAAGUGGAGGAUGUUCAGAAAGAAGUACAGUUUUUAUCGUCACUGAAGCAAGUACCCAAUAUCACACACUACUAUGGGUCGUACUUGAAUGACACCAAGCUGUGGGUCAUCAUGGAAUACUGCGCGGGUGGGUCGCUGAGGACAUUACUACGGCCAGGAAAAAUUGACGAGCAAUACAUAGGGAUAAUUAUGCGUGAACUAUUAGUAGCGCUUGUGCAUAUCCACAAGGAUAACGUGAUCCACAGAGAUAUCAAGGCCGCUAACGUGCUUAUUGCCAAUGACGGGCGGAUCAAACUGUGUGACUUUGGGGUGGCCGCCCAGCUAACGCAGUCCAAAGUGAGGAGGCAGACCAUGGCAGGGACUCCAUACUGGAUGGCUCCGGAAGUGAUCAUGGAGGGUGUGUAUUAUGAUACGAAAGUCGACAUCUGGUCUCUCGGCAUCACCACCUAUGAAAUCGCCACUGGGAACCCACCCUAUUGCGAAGUCGAGGCGCUGCGAGCAAUGCAGCUCAUCACAAAAUCCAAGCCACCCCGGUUAGAGGGCAGACAGUACUCUAGCAGUCUGAAGGAGUUUAUUGCACUAUGUUUAGACGAGGAUCCCAAAGAGCGCCUGUCAGCAGAAGAACUACUGAAAACUCGUUUUAUCAAAUCGUACAAGAAUCUUCCUGUUUCAGUGUUGCAAGAACUAAUAAGUCGAUAUCUGAUACACAGAGACAAAAGAUCUAGUCGUGAUGCAAGCUCAAAUAUAGAGGAAGAUGAUCAAGCGCGUGGUGAUACUAACGGGGUGGUGGAAGGAGAAGAUCACCUAGACGUCAAAUGGGACUUUGAUUCUUUGAGCUCUAACGAGUACAUCAUGGAGAAUGAUAUAAAUAUCGAGGCAAUACCUGAGGAGUCAAGUCACGAGCAUUUUAACUUCGCCUAUCCAGACGAAGAUAUGCUGUACCAGUCGAAUAGAAGGUUUUUCCAGGGCACCACAAUCGGGAAGGGCGGGAUGAACGUAACGAUGAAUAACUCAACAAUCCAUGCAUUAAACAACAAUACAACUUAUCAUAACUCUACAAACCUGCAGACGAGGAACGCAACUGGCACUACUAACAAAAAGUCGGAAACGAAAGCUUCGAAAGCUCUUCAGCAGCUUUUUGAAGAGACAGAUACGCUUAAUGAAGCAAGUGCCGAACAGGAGUAUUCAAGGGUAUCAAAACCGAACAAUCCUAUGCAUCUGGCGUCUCAUGAAGAUAUACUGAGGCCAGCAACCCCAAAUUCUGAGCGUCCUUCUCAUCCAGAUGUUAUCAAGGGCACUAUUUACCAAAGUCAAAGCACGCCUUCUUUACCCAUGUUGCAAACAAACUUCAGUCAGCCUGUUAUUGUAGGCCCCGCAAGCUCUACUGCUCUACCGACGCCCAUAGAAAUUGAAAUUCCCGAGGAGCUGCCAUCAGUACAAGAGAAAACAUUGGGUGCCUCUACCAAACCACGCUCUUCAACUGUUUCCGUAGUCACGAAUAAGGUUUCCCAGCACCUACAAAGAAGGCUCACAGUCACAGGCAAUGGACCCGGUAGAAGCGAAAAUGGCGGCACACCGAAAACUAUUCUAGAGGAUAAGGGUAGGGUUAGCAGUCUGGCACCAGCGCCAUUAAGUAAAAGUGGAAGAAGCUCGUCUCCCAUGAAAUUGGUGAGUAAUGGAUCCCCCGGGAAAGGCCCAUCAUCCAUGCCAGGUAUGCACGUGACAUCACCUUCUAUGAAACCAAUGUUGAAUGAGAAGACUGAUGUCCUCCUACAGCCCAUGAACGGAAAUGACAACGAGCAUGUGCCAACGAGAAUCAAUCGUGAUUUUAAGAAGCAGAAUCCUAAUUUAAAAUUACAGAUGCCAUCUCCGACGUCAUUGAUGCCCAACAAGCUUCUAGAAAACAUAACAACCGUGACUGCCAAUACGGAGGAUUCCAAUAUCAAUCAGUUUGGAUUUAACACGAGCACUACUAUGCUUCCUGUAGCGAUGACACCUGUGGGAGAACGCCCCCACGAUCCAUUCAAAAGAAAUAGAAGUACUAGCAAUGCCAGCAGAAGUAACAGCGUUGCCUUAGAAGGGUCUGUGACCGUUUCUGCGAACAGUGUAGCCUCUAACGCUACAACCAAUACAUCUACUACUAAUGGAACGCCUGUCGAGUCUGCUAUGGAACCACCUCCCAAGUUUCUUCAGAUGGAUAUGUUCUUAGACGCUCCGGAUGAAGCCGAUGAGCCCGAUCACGAGGACCGUAAGUUUCUUGUGCGGCGCGAAUUGGAAAAACUACUCCGAACAGUUGAGGAUGCCCUGCCCAUUAUGGAACAAGCACUCAAGGAUGUGCUGACAAAAAUACAUAGUGUAGAAGACUCUUAA